CAACCAAAGGCCAAGGAGCACCGUGCAUGCGAUGCCGCCUAAAAAUGGCCGCCGCCUUCCCGCAUAUAAGCCCGCGCGUGCGCUCGUCGUCGCCACGCCGAUCGGUAAAGCCCAAGAAGCAGUAUACCGAAGCACGCGCACGCAGACGUAUCCAUCCAUGGCUCGCGCAGCGCUCGUCCUCGGGAUGCUCCUCCUCGCCGCCGUCGCCGUGGCGCCGUUCUCCGAGGCGAAGAAGAAGGCCUCCUCCAAGGAGGCGGCGGACGCUCCCGCCGACGCGCCGGCUGCAGAUGCGCCCGCGGACGCGACUGCUGAGGGACCCAGCGGGCCGGCCGGCGCCCCCGGCCCCGCGGCGGGCAUCGCUGGCCUCUCCGACGACUCUGAUGACUCCGACGACAACUGAUCGAAUGGUUUCUUGAAACUGCCCGUUUGGUUUGGAGCAGGAUGGCACAAGAAGAACAGUGGUCGCAUUUGAUUUGAGACAGUAAUAAUGUGUAGAGCUUGGCGGCCUGUUAGGAUGGUCGUCCUAUGAAUAUGUUUCUUCUUCUUUUUAUUUGAUGGUAUUUGAUCUAUAUCGCGCUGCCAUGUUCUUGAUUAGUCUGUAACUGUAAUGUUUGGUAAUCUCCAACGAAUCCACUACGCAAUC